AUGGACAAGAUGGAUGAAUUUGAUGAAGAUCAAGCUCAUGUCAUCGCUGAAGCAUUCAAGGAUGACGAUGUCAUUGGUGAUUUCGAAGAGGAGAAAAUGAUGGUGGAGGAAGGCGAGCGACCAAAGGACGUCGAUCUGACGCUACAAGGAUGGGGAUGCUGGGUUGGUCCCGGUAUGACAGAAAGAAAACGACGCAAACAAUUUAUCAUAAAGGCUAGGGAAAAGAAGCGCAAAGAUAAAAAUCGACCUGGAGUUAUAAUCAAAGAAGUUGAGGAGAAGAGCAUAAGCAAACUUCAACCAACUAGUCUUCCGUUCCCCUAUACAAGCGUAGUGGAUUUCGAAACCAUGGUCUCACAACCCAUUGGCAAAGACUGGAAUCCAAUAGGAGUUGUACAAGAAAUGUGCAAGCCAUCAGUCGUAACUCAGAUAUGGACAAUGACGAUUUUGUCGACGAUGAUGUUGAAAGACGUGGAUUUGGAACAGGGAGAAGAUGAACAGGACGAUCAUCGAAUUGAUAUUAUAAGUGCAGAAAAAGGAACAGCGUCUACGGACCGUGUGACGACUCCAUUCAUGACCAAAUAUGAACGUGCUCGAGUGCUUGGUACACGUGCUCUUCAGAUUGCUAUGGGUGCACCGGUGAUGGUGGAAUUGGAAGGAGAAACAGAUGCUCAUUGGAAAUUUGCUCGCAAAGACUGA